UCAAAAUUCGGAAUUGGUCGCGUAAAAGUCUCUGUUUCGCUAAAAAUACACACAGGCUUCAGGCCCGCAUAGUAUAGUCUUAUUUUAUAUAUUUUCAUACCACAACACAAGUGUGUUAUUUAGUUUUAAUAAACAAAUUGCAAUAAAAAAUGAGUGUUUCACAUAAUUUAAUAACAGAAAAUAAUUAUUCAACGAAAGAUAACUAUUGCUCCCAUUUCCUCCAACAAAUACCCCAAUCGUCAGCAGCAGUAGAAGAGAUUAAAAAAUGGCGGUGUACAAAAAUGAACAACGGGGAAUACGAAGAACGUGGUUCGGAUUCGAUUUCGAUGUCGCCUGUUUUAGUUUCCCCACAACGGACUACAACAACAACACCAACCAGAACUGAAGAAGGAUGGUGUCGUCGUUUGAGUGAAAAUAACGAAGAACAAAAAUCUCCUCCAAAAAACUUUUCUACCAAAUUAAACGCAACCUCCCAGUCCCAGCAGCAUCAGCAACAACAACAACUCCAUCCUCGAAUUUUUCGUACAUUUUUCGUGCGCUUAGCUGAGGAAUCUCCAAAAAGGAAUAAUUGCGAUGAACUCUCCGACUCAUCGAGCUAUGACAGCUUGAAUUGUCGUGAAACUGACUUAUGUCGGGAUUCUAGUGAUACCGAUUCAAAUUCGUCCUACUCAACUGGCGAAAUAGGAGCCACCAUCAAAGUUGUUGAAUACGAAGUAGCAAGCGCAAGCAACAGUGAAGAUUUGUUUACAAAUGAUUCGUCAAGUGGAACAGACGAUUUUAUUUUAGCUGCGGUUGCUAGAGCCAUAUGCAACACAUCGAAAUGUUCAAGUGAUUUUGCUGAUACGGAGGAAGAUUCAAUGGAUUCCUAUUCAACAUAUGACUCGGAGUUUAGUUUAGCAGAUUACUGGAAAUGUGUGAAAUGCAAGAACAAGCAGAACAACCCAAUGUUCCGAUAUUGUGAAAAAUGUUAUCAGAUUCGUAAGACUCAUUUUCCACCUCGUCCUCGUCUUCGUAAAAGCAGAACAGCUUUAAAACAGCAAAGGUCAUCCAUUUACUCAUCCCUGAAACGAUCUGUAACAACCUCUGAAGUAGUCAAAUCGUUAACUAAAAAACAAAUCCAAGAUGAAACCAAUCGUACAAAUACGAUAACACCAUCGUCUUCAAGUAGCUCUAUGCCGAGUGUAUCUCCGAUCAUCACUUCUGGUAGGUUAGCUGUUGAAAGUUUACGUGCACAAUGUGCUGCUGAAAACAGUAGCAGUGAAGAUGAUAAUGAUAACAAUGCAAGUCAUUUGAGUAUAAAAUGUAUAAACAAUUUAUCUAAACAAUCUAAAUCCGAAGAAACCCCGUAUAGUAAAUAUUUAUCUAGCUCAGUUGGCUACACAAGAAAACAAAAUGAACAAAAACCCGCCCAACACUUGCGAACUGCAGCAAAGAGAAAAUUGUCCAAAGGACUGGCAAAGUACAAAACCUUAGCUAAAAGAAAGUGCUUAGAGAAGAAUGGAAUUCCUUCUUCAUCUAGUGGUACUGAAAUUGAGACUGAUAUUGUUUUAAGUGAACCCCUGUGCGUUGAUAGCAGCCAGGGUACUCAGAAAGAUUCUGGUUUCAGUUCGGCUCCUUCGAGUCAAGAAAGAAAAUCUUCUAGUGAACACCAAAACGAGGAUGAAGAAGAUUGCGUUUCUAAUUGUGGAAAUAAUGGGGCAAAUUCUGAUACCGUGUGUGAAGAACUGAGUGAAAGUGAUGUAGCUGAAAUGUCACAAGAUAAGAAUUGCAUUCCAAGCACGCUCGAAUUCGAUUUGAACUCCGAAGAACAUUCGUUAGGUCGUCAUGCCUCGGACAUAUCUUUGGAGACCACUACUGAAUCCCAUGCAAUAUCUACUUUAGUACAAAGCGUUUCUGAGUGCUCAGACGCGUAUACAAAUAUAAAAGCGUCUUCUAGUAAUCCCGAACUCCCUGAAAUUUCAACAAUAAAAGAAAAAAUUAGAUCGCAAAAAGCCGUCCUAAGAGAGGACAUAGAAAAUGGUAGUAGUGAGUUUCCUAGUUAUGGUUCGUGCAUGACGUGUUUGACCGAACCCAAAAAUGGAGUGUUCGUUCAUAGCAGGUUCUUACAUCUUUGCUGUUGCUACAAGUGUGCGGUUAAAAUAUGGAACAAAAACAAAAAAUGUCCAAUUUGUAAUUGUGCUGUUAAAAAUGUCAUGAAAUUGUUUGUUCAUUAAUCAUUUUUGAAGUGUAUUUACGCUUUUUUGCUAUUAAAUUUUGAAUUUGAAAUACGAAAAUUUAGUUGAUCGAUUAAACAUAUAAUAGUGAGCCAAGUUAUGAAGUGAUAUACUAAAAUUACAAAAACAUCUGAAUUUAAGUUAAUUUUAAAGAAAUGGAAUUUUUGUUUGUGUUGUUAGAAGCAGCUUAGAAAUGAUAAAUAUGUACAAAUAUUGGGUCUCUUAGGAAAGAAAAUUGUUUGUUUGAAAACAAAAAUCAUAUUUCCAAAAUUCCUAAAUUAAAACAAAAGUUAGACUGCAUUGUUAUGUUACUUAUGGUAAAGUAUAACUAAAGGUAAUAAAUGACGUUAUUUAAUUUAGUAACUAUUAUAACGUAUUAUGAGGAAAACAUUAAGAAAAUGGUCUCAUUCGAAAAAAAAAUUUAAUUUAUUUAUGAGAAAAACAAAAAAAAAAGAUUCAAACAAACAAAAUAAAAACAAAAAAUAAUUAAAAUAAACUUUCUUUACAGCAAAAAAAAAACAUUGUUUU